GUGUGUGUGUGUGUGUGUGUGUGUGGUGGUGUUGGUAGUGGUGGUGUUGGUAGUGGUGCUGUGUUUGGGUGUUUCCCUUAAAAUCAUGGUGACAGUGUUCUCUAAUUCAUCACACCUUCUUCUCGUUGGGUUUCAGAAUUAUGUUAAGGAUGUCUCUCACACACUGGAUGUGCAGUCUGUGUGUCUAAAGUGUGUUCUUCUCUAAUCGUCAUAACGUUUCCAGAGAUAAUUCGUUGCUAAUGUGAGCCAUGUAUGAAGGCCAGAGUAGGACUGUAAUCCUUAUCCUUAUCGCUCUCCAUGUCGGGGCAUAUCCUCGUAAUAUUUCUGUGAAUGCAGUUGUUUAAUGACACAGAAGAGUUUAUUUUCCUAUAAUGCAAAUAUUACGCAUGAGGGAUUUUUUGUGCGUGUUUAUUGUCUUAUGGUAAUAUCAAACAUCUACACACCCACACACAAGCCCACAUGUGUAAAGACAAAUUAUAAUAAUCAUAAUUAUACAAACGUAAAAUAGCAAACAAAUAUAUGAAUAUUAAAAAAAAAUGCAAAUAGAUAAGAUAACAGAAAGGCCAUAGCACAUGUUUAUAUAGACUAUAAACUGAAAUAAAAUGCAAUUAUAAUUAUCAAAUUCCAGUUUCCUUAGUUGGCCUCUAUAAUGUUUGUAGUUGUCUUUUGUUUUUAAUAUGUCAUAUAUUCUGUAAAAGGUAUAUUCAAUAUAGAUUUUACUUAUCGAAAAUGUGCAUUCCAAAAUGUAUCCAACAUUACAAAAGGCACAUUACGUUGCAGACUUUAUAAUCCCCUCUUAUUAGUAAUAUUUGAGAUCGCAUUUUUUAAGGCUGAUUAUCAUGUUCAAGCAGACUCAAUUUCUCAAGAGAAAACAUACAAACUUUAAGCUGGACUAAUCAAUAUUUUAUCUGAACAAUGGAUCAAAUGAUGUGAUGUAUUAUGUGACAGGAUAAGAGGAUUAUCAACCAGCGCUCCGGUUUCCCUCUGAUAGACCAACUAUGCUGGACUGAAACAACAGACAGAGUUAGCCACUAGCUGGUGAUCAUAGUGGAGCAUUUAGCAGCUUAGAACUUUUUAAUAAUUCAAUUAUUGCUGGUUUAAAGUAAAAGGAAUUUUGUGUUCUCUACCAUAAUUACACACCUGGAAAUCAUUAAGAAGGGCAUUACAGUUUAGACUAAAUGUAACUAAACAGUGACAUGAAUGAAAAAAGUGAUUUUCAUUUUGUUAUUUUGUUCAGUGAGUUUCAUAAAGUGUCAUACAUUUUAGGGACUUGUGGGAAAUGAGAUUGAGGUAUCUUGACUUUUAGUUCCUAGCUUGGGUAAAGCUCUAAGAACACUGCAUCCUACACUUCCCAGAAUGCAUUGCCCACCUCUUUCUAACCUUACACCGCUUGCUUAUUACACGGGCCUCCUGUUAUAAAUGUGUGGUCUCCAAGCUCAAGCUGAGAUAACCCUGACGUUAUCACUGUGACAUCACCGGAGGUUAAUAGAAUCUUUGGAACGCCCCUUUUUAAAUACUGCGUCCUCUCUCCAUGGCUGUGUUUCUAUAGGAGACUUUCUCUCCUCCUCCUGAGCCUCCUCCCCGCUCUCCAUCCCCCGAUGACUCGGCCAGCCAGGUAGGAAGCCGCAUCAGCUCCUGCUGCACGCCAUGCUCGCCCUCUGCUUUGCUUCCCCACCCCCCCGGCUACCUAACUAAGCUCUGAAAUGCAAACCCCCUUCGUUUUAACACGCGUCUUCCCUGAAACAGAGAGUGAGGGUUUGCAGAAAAGCUCUUCAGCCAUAAGUGUGUGGUCCUUUUUUUUGCCCCCUCAGCUGCAACCAUGCUGGCAUGGCGUGUGCACGUUAUGCUCACAGUCCUUUCACAGCCGCCCUGCUCCUCCGCACCUCUAAAACAUCCCCUUCCUGAAGCUUCAGCACUUCUGCCCGCGGGGUCAGCAUGGCGGCCCCCUGUGGCAUCCGGUGCUUGUGCAGAGCUUGGACAUUUUCUACCAUCUCUUCAACCUCCAUUCUCUAAACCCUCAUCCUUUCUUACCUUCCUCAUCCCACGCCUCUGGUUUGUGAAGACCAUCAGAUCGCCCAGACCCACGCGGGUGGACGAGAGACACCCCUGGAGACGAAAGAGACUAGCUGAGGCGGAGAUAGAGUGCCAGGGGAUCGAGGCUCAGAUGUCCAUCCAGGAGAGGAAGCGGCUGAUCGUAGCCCAAGAGGAGGCCUGGAAGACGAAAGGCCACGGAGCCGCCAACGACUCCACCCAGUUCACAGUGGCCGCUCGCAUGGUGAAGAAAGGGUUGGCUUCCCCAUCAGCCCUCCAGUCGCCUCUGUCCCCCAAACCCAAGAACAGCAGCCUUGCCAUCUCCAAACCUCAAGAAGACAUGGAGAUGUCGUCUGAUAUGGAAGAGAUCAAGGCCGUGCCAGAUCUGAACCUGGAGUCAGACAUGAAGCUGGAAAAACUGGAGUCAUUCCUCGGCAAGCUCAACAGCAAAGUGUCUGGACUGCCAGAAGCAACCAUCACAGUCACACAGAAGGAGGUGAAGGAGGUGAUGGCCCUCGAGGACGAAACUUUUUCCAAGUUCUACCGCCAAGCGGAGGAGCACCCCGCCACCACCAACAAGGUGGAGAUGGACUUCGACGACUUCGAUGCCAUCUUCGGCCCCCAGGUGCCAAAGCUGACCUCGGAGAUGGAGCAGCACAAGCGGGCGGUGCGCCCGGCGCGUAACGUCCAGUCGUCUAGGAACCCUCUGAAGAUGCUGGCCGCCAGGGAGGACAUCAGACACGAGUACACGGAGCAGAGGCUCAACAUCGGCCUGCUGGAGAGCAAGAGGAUGAAGGCUGAGAAGAUGAACAAGAACUCCGGUUUCUCUGACGUGGCUCUGGCCGGUCUGGCCAGCAAGGAGAACUUCAGCAACGUCAACCUGCGCAGCGUCAACAUCUCUGAGCAGAUGUCCAACAACAGCGCCGUGCCUUACAAGAAACUCAUGCUGUUACAGGUCAAAGGCAGACGGCACGUCCAGACCAGGCUGGUGGAACCCAGAGCGUCCUCCCUGAACAGCGGCGACUGCUUCCUACUUGUCACACCACACCUCUGCUUCAUCUGGACCGGGGAAUUCGCCAACGUCAUCGAGAAGAACAAGGCUUCAGAGUUAGCAAACUUCAUCCAGAGGAAGAGAGACUUGGGUUGCCGAGCCAACUACGUCCAGGACAUCGAGGAAGGUGUCGGCACGCAAAGCCACACUGCCAAGGACUUCUGGAAGAUUCUGGGGGGGCAGUCGAGUUAUCAGUCUGCAGGAACACCAGAUGAAGACGAGCUGUACGAGGGGGCCAUUGUGGAGACGAACUGUAUCUACCGCCUGAUGGAUGACAAACUGGUCCCAGAUGACGAUUUUUGGGCCAAAGUGCCUCGCUGUUCCCUGCUCAACCCCAAGGAGGUUUUGGUGUUUGACUUUGGCAGCGAGAUGUACAUAUGGCACGGAAAGGAAGUGACACUGGCACAGAGGAAGGUGGCCUUCCAGCUGGCAAAGCACCUGUGGAACGGCACCUUCGACUACACAAACUGUGACAUCAACCCGCUCGACCCGGGGGAGUGCAACCCUCUCAUACCCAAGAAAGGUCAGGGUCGACCUGACUGGGCCGUGUUCGGCAGGCUGACUCAGCACAACGAAACCACCCUGUUCAAAGAGAAGUUCCUGGACUGGAGCGACUCCAGGAAAACACCGAGCCCUGCAAAAAACGACCACAUCGCCGAUCAGAAGGAGCAGUCCACCUCCGAUCAGCCCCGUGCCUACGACGCCUCCCUGAUGCUGCCCGUCCAUCAGGCGCCCGUCUGCACCAGACUGGAUGGGUUCGACGUAGGGCGGGGCUACGGCCUGGUGGAGGCCGAGGAGUGGCGCAGCUACGAGAUCAGCACGCUGGCGGUGGAGGUGUGGCACAUCCUGGAGUUUGACUACAGCCGCCUGCCGUGCCAGAGCAUCGGCCAGUUUCACGAGGGCGACACAUACGUGAUGAAGUGGAAGUACAUGGUCAGCGCUGCGGGUCAGUGUCCUUGGUUUUCACUUUUACACACACACACACACCUGGGGAUCUUGGGUUCCAUUUCAAUAGACAAUAGUAUUACAUUUUUAUUCAUUUAUUUAUUUAAGUGCUUCUUAAUAACUCGAACAAGUCGGGUAAUUUCAGCCCAUCUGUAACUUCUGAGAAAAUGUAAUGCUCAGACUGAAAACGCUACUGAUGAGAUCAUUUGCUUUAGAAGCCACAACAAGAUCCUAGUUUUUAGUAAAAACUUCCAGGAGGACACGAAUCAUGCGAAUUAGGAGAAGUUGAGAA